AUGACAUCAGACCCCCUGCCGGGACGAGCUGGGUCGCCGACAGGCAGCUUCUACGCCAUGAGCGACGACGAAGAGGGCGAAUACGACACCAUCACGCAUACCGAAACCGGUCGGGGCGUCAAGCUGCUGUAUUCUAAGAGCAAGGUUUAUAUCCAUCCGAGCCCGAGCGCAAAAGACAACAUUCCUGGCUUCGUGGCCUUGCUGCAGCAGAAACGUCCGCGUGGCGAACGGCCAUCCUCCUCUUCCUCUACCACGUCCAACUCGCCCAUCGCAUCGGAUCUUCUUCUAGCUUGGCUUCCUGAGUCUUCACUGGGCGAUGCUGCGAGCAUCUAUGUCAAGGUAGACUUGACGGAUGGCGACUCGCCGCCAAAGCAAAGCUUCCUCGUACCGCCACCCCCGACUGUAACCACCCAUCGAGGCUCGGUCGGCGCAUACUCGUUUGCCAUACCGGUCAGCGCAAUAUACUCGCUCCUUGUGCGUCCACCAAGCCUGGGGUGGUGGUUUGGGUCUGUGGUGAUCAACACAAGAGUUGGUGACAGCUUCCCGGCGCUCUUCUUCCAUGACAGUGAAUGUCAGUCGACUAUACUACAGAAGAAGAAGCGCGCCAGGGAUAGCUUUGAUCCCUUUGGAGAGGGUGGACAGAUGUUUUGGGGAGGAGACGAAGUCCUGCGCUGGCUGAAGCGCUACGUUCGUAUUGAAAAGAGCGCCGCUGAGCCGAACAUCUAUCUGGUAGAACCCAGCAAGGAGGAUAGUGAGGCAUUCGGUUCAAAAGCGACUACCAGUACACCGUCCAAGAUAGGUCGCCGGGAUAGUUCACAGGGCGUUUCCGUGGGCGGUGCUGCCGGCGCCUCACCUGCUGGACCCAGUGGACGGAACGAUGCAGGCAUGGAUCCGGUCACGAAAUUUGUGAAGGAAACAGGGUGGAACCUUAUGGAGAAGUUCAGCAAAGUCACGACCUUUACUCGAAGGACGGCACAAGAUCUUAUUGAGAACCCAAAGAUGCCGCCUCAAGUACGCAGGCUCAUGAUAAAUCCCGAGGUGCAGACCAUACAGGACGAGUUUGAUAGUGCUAGGAUAUACCUAGCCAGAUGGGCAAUGGGAAUUGCCGAGCAGAGUGAGAGGGAUCGAAAUCAAAGAAUUUGGACUGCGCGUGAUGUGCUGGAGUUGGAAGAUACUGAUGUCGGGGAAUUUGAACUAUUGGAGACGAGCUCCAUGUCUCUUGACGAGAAAAGGAAGCCCGUGAACCUGAAGGAAUGGAAGAGUUUCUUCGACCCUCAGACGGGACGACUUACUAUGACCAUUGAUGAAGUCAAGGAGCGCAUCCUCCACGGCGGCCUAGACCCCGACGACGGAGUGCGCAAGGAGGCUUGGCUGUUCUUACUUGGAGUACACGACUGGUACAGCACAGCGGAAGAACGCAAGGCGCAGCUCGCGUCUGCGAGAGAUGAAUAUGUGAGAUUGAAGGCCUCUUGGUGGGAAAGGCUAGUCGAUCAUGGCGGUGAAGGUGAAGAAGGGGAAUGGUGGAGAGAGCAAAAAGCCAGGAUCGAGAAAGACGUACAUCGGACUGACCGAACAGUGCCAAUCUUUGCGGGGGAAGACCUUCCGCAUCCUGAUCCCGACUCUCCAUUCUCGUCUUUUGGUACCAACGUCCACAUGGAGCAAAUGAAAGACAUGCUUCUCACGUACAACGAGUACAACAAGGACCUUGGCUACGUCCAGGGUAUGUCUGACUUGCUUGCGCCCAUAUACGCUGUUAUGCAGGACGAUGCGAUCGCGUUCUGGGGCUUCCAGCAUUUCAUGGACCGAAUGGAAAGGAAUUUCCUUCGGGACCAAUCGGGCAUGCGCAACCAACUCUUGACCCUCGACCAUCUCGUGCAGUUCAUGGAUCCGAAACUGUACGCCCAUCUACAGGCAGCUGACAGCACGAAUUUCUUCUUUUUCUUCCGUAUGCUGCUUGUCUGGUAUAAGCGGGAGUUCAAGUGGAUGGACGUCCUGCACUUGUGGGAGGUUUUGUGGACAGACUACUUGAGCAGCAGUUUCCACUUGUUCAUUGCUCUGGCGAUUCUCGAAAAGCACCGCGAUGUGAUUAUGACACAUCUACAGCACUUUGACGAGGUGCUCAAGUAUGUCAAUGAGCUCUCAACCACCAUGGACCUGGACUCUACCCUGAUACGCGCUGAGGCGUUGUUUCGCCGCUUCCAUCGGCUCAUCGAGGCUAUUGACAAGAAGCAAAACUUUCCGGCCCCAAGAGUUCGCACAAGUUCGCCCUCUUCGGCUGAGAAGUCCAAAUCAUCACCACCGCAGAAGGACAGUGGAAAAGCUGCGGAGCAGCCCAAAAUGGUCAUAAGCCCCGAGCUCAGGAAACUGCUCAGCAGACAAGUUGAUGUGCUUCCCCGCAAAGUGGUCCAGAAGAAGGGUGAUGGCCUCGCUGCUGAGGCGAGACGCUAG